AUGGACACUCAGGACCAGUCAACUUCAGAUGAACUUCAGGAGCGACUUCAAGCUCUUAUAGAGGAAAAUCCUCAGCUACGAGACAAAAAUGAACGGCUUUUCACCAAAGUGGGCUACCUGGAGAGCAGACUGGGCCACCUGGCCAGCUCCAACACAGAUCUGUCCUGCAGGCUGGUCCAGAGUGAAGAGCAAAAACUGAAGAUAUCUAAGGAGCUUGUGGAGGAGAAAAUUCAGACCAACAAGAUGAGAGAGCACUUUGAGGAGGAGACGUUUGAGCUGAAAAACAAGAUACUGAACCAAGACGGUGUGAUAGCAGAGCUCGAGAUGGAGCGAGACAAGCUAUCAAGGGAACUCCAGUCAGCUGAGGCUCGUCUGAGAGUGGGAGAGAAGAGCGGUCAAGGCCUGACAGAAGAGUAUAACACUCUGAAGAAGAACUACCUGGUGCUGGCUGAGGCCCAUGAUAAAGAGCUGGCCCAGAGUGAGGAGCUGAGUGCUGAGCUGCUGGCACUGGCCCAGGCCCAGGACGCCCUCCGCAGGCAGCUGGCGGAGCAGCAGCAGAGCGUCAAGACUACCACCCAGGGCCUUCAUGGAGAGCUGGACAGGGUGCAGGUCUUGAUCAGACGCAUGUCAUGUAACAGGGUCAAGCCUGAGGAUCUGGCAGCACUGGACAAGGAGCAAAAAACUAUGGAAAAAACACUUCUUGGGAACCAAGAGGAGAUCAAAGACAUGUUGGAGAAAAUGAAGAACAGUUACGAGGAGCAGCAGAAGAAACUGGAGGAGAAAGUGGUGGCUAUGGGUAAAGAGCAGCAGGAGAACAAGAGAGCCAUCCAUAAUAGCCAGCAGAAAGUAUCUGAGCAGAGUGCGGCCCUGAUGUGCUCUCAGAGCCAAGUGAAGGAGGUAGAAGAGCAGAACUCAAAGCUGCAGCUUCAAGUCAAAGAGCUGAAUGAGGAAUACCGUGCAAGGCUGGUGUGCUAUAUACAGGACAUAGCUGGCUACAUUGAUGGGCUUGGAGAUGGUAAAACUCCUUCAGAGGGAACUAAGAUGAGGGCGUUUGUGGAAAGCAUGCUUCAGGAUGUGCGUUCAUCCUACAGGGUCAGGGAGGAACAGCUCGCCUCUGCUGCUCGCUCCUUUAAGAAGAGACUACAGAAGAUCACCAAGAGCCAUCAUGCCCUCCUUAUUGCAUACAGGGUUCAGAGGGAGCAGAUGUUGGCCAAACCAGAGAGUGGUCUUGACCCUGGACCUCCAGAGGCCCACUUCAGCCUGGAGCCCACUGAGCUGAGAGAUGAAACUGAGAACGAGCUGCAGCACCUUCGUCAGGACAAGGCGAGGCUGGAGGGUCAGCUGCUGGCGGCCCAGGAGAAGGUGGCUGCCCUCAGGAUGCCCGUUCAGAACUUAAGCUGUCAGGAGCCGGCAAGACAGGAGCAGACAUGUGAGGAUUCCUGGCUGGACAUAAGGAAACAACUGAAGGAAAUCACAGACUCUACACUGGUGAGCUCUGAGAAGGAGCGCGCCCUUCUCAUCACCAGAGCUACAGUUGCAGAGGCGCAGGUGUUGGAGUUGCAGGACUACAUUGACAACCACCUGGGCAGGCGAUGUCAGCCCCAGGAUACGAAAGACCAGUACGAGUUUGUGCCUUACAAAACUUACUGCGCCGAGGAGGGUAAAGUAGGAGCAGGGCGCGAAGAACUGUGCGAGAGUGUUAUGGGAACCAGAAAUCGUCAGCUGGGAUUCUGGGAUGCCAAAGUGUGGUCGAGAACGUCAUGCACUGCUGCACUCUCAGCUGGUGCUGAGCUGAUGGAGACGCACCAGGAUGCGCAGCCACCGAUGUUUGCAACAAGAGGGAAAUCACUGGAAAAGGAAAGCAGUGGAAAAGCUGCAGAGAUUCAGUCAUUCAGAAACCUCAAGUAUCUUUUGGCACAAGGCGAGAGAUUUGAGAUUCAGAGUGUAUGUAGAAGUGUAUGUCAGGGCAUCGCAACCAAUGUUUUGGUUCCACAACAGCGCUACAACCCAGCAGCUGUGGACCAUGCGGGAGUGUCCAGGAGCACUUUGCCCCCGUCUGCCCCUCUCAUCUCUCGAGCUUUGUCUCUGGCCACUUCCCUCAAACUCCCCCAGGGACUGACGGAAGUCCACACCCAACAACUCUCCCAUCGCUUUGGCUUCCACUUUCCUGAGUGUUUCCCGCUUUGCUGUGUCCAUACCUCACCUCAGCCGCACAACAGGACAUAA